AUGUUGAAGCUGUUCUCUAUAGCAUACACGGUCGGGCUUGUGCUUUUCAGUCUGUCCUUUGCACCUGUUGUCAGCGCCGAAUCCAUACUCCUCCAGCAAACAAAUUUCACGCAAUGUGCCCAUACGACUCUUACAUGGACAGGCGGCAGCCCCCCAUUCACGCUCAAAAUAGGUCCACUCAAACCCGACGGGAACGAAGACCCUAGUCUCGUUCAGGCUUACAUGAACUUGAAUGCAUCGAUGCUUCUCUGGACAGUCAACUUCACCGCGGGUAGCAACCUGAUGUUCGACAUCAAAGACGCAGCCGGGGACGCGGGCGGGAUUCCAUCUGUGCAGGUCCUACCAGGGGCCGAUAACAGCUGCAUCAGCUCUUCUUCCACCGCGUUAGGUGACCCGACCACUAGCAUCGGAGGUCCAUCAUCUCUAGUCGUCUCCGUUUCUGCGACUAGCUCACCUUCACAAAGCAGCACACUCGCCGCCGUUUCGCGGACAGGACUGAGUGUAGGCCCUAUCGUAGGGAUCGCCAUCGGAGUUGGGGCAAUCGCAGUUAUCGUCACUGCGCUGGCGGUCUGGUGCAUCCUCACGCGCCGACUCCGUCGCCGCAGAUCCGGGAUACACACACCCUCACCUUCGUCCAGCUCAAGCGGUGUUUUUCCUGAAUCUGCUCGCACUUCGUGGUUCAAGCGCGCUGCGCGACGCAUCAGGCCCCGCACUCAUGACUUCGACAUCGACAGAUCCGUAUUGUCACCAACGUUCGCCAAUGGGGCCCCGACGCUCGCUAUGCAGCAGCGCGAUCUCCUCCCUGCCAUGACGUACGACGGCAUCAUGAACGGACUGGCUAACGUCGUGGACCCGUUCAAGCCUCCCUCACCUACAGACUCCGUGAUCGUUUCGGGACCCUCGAGCCCCAGCACGGAUCGCGGCGAGAUCAGCGUACCUCAUAGCCCUUAUCCCGUCCCUCCUCUCCCACAUCAGUCCACGACGUCUCUUUCGGAUGGGCAAUCUCAGACUCGCAAGGCAAAAAGACCCUUGCACACGCACAACACCUCGGAUACGUCUACGAUGUCAUAUGCGAGCACCGAUGCCUCCACGGCUCCCCUGCGAGCGCACACAGCGAGUCUCGGGCUUUCCACAGCUCCCUCCAGCUCUUCGGGAGACCGCGACACAGGUCGCGAUCGCGAUACGAGUACUCUGGCGAGCAGCGUGGGCAGUCCGAGGACGCCCCGAUCACCAAGGACACCCCGGCAAGAGACGGAUGCGGGCGUGCGCUUGCUCGGUGGUCCUGAACCUAUCUCCGAGGGUGACGAUGCAAGUGGCGGGCAGAUGGUCGAUGCGGUUGUAGAACAACGAGACGUGAACCAAGGAGGGUCCGGGCUCCCCCCUCCGUAUUCGGUAGUAUGA